AAAAACAAGGAAUAGAAAAAAUGAUAGGAAUUUUUAGAAAAAUUAUAACUUUUCUUGUAUUGAGUUAAUUAAAAAAUAAACUUAUAAUAAAAACAAUACAAAUUAAUUAAAUACACAAUAUAGUAAAGUAGUUUUUGUAUAUGUAAACAUACAAAUGUAGUGAUGUGAAUUCCUCUAAAUAAAUUAAUUGUGCAAGUUCAAAGACGAAUGAAAAUCUUUACCACGUACUACACAAAAACUAAAUACGCCUUCAACAAAAGAAUUGAGCUUAAAAUCGAGUGUGUUCUGGGAGGGAUGCUCAUUUACAAUAUAAAUAUUUCUAAUUAUUAUCCGUAGUGUUUUGUUUAGUAAAUACAUAAAUUCAUAACUAAGAAAAAAAGUGAUUUUUGAAAACAAAACAUGUCUCGGCCGGACUACGAACAAACCAUUUUACAUCACAGUUAUUUGUUAGUACUACUAAGAGGUGUUGGACCAUCCAAACCCAGAACAUUACAAAAAGCUUUCGACAAGGUCAGGCGAGUGAACAAUGUGAAAAUAAUUGAUUCUAGUGGUCUAACAAGAGAUAUAUGGAUACGUUAUAUCCAUGAUCAUCCAGUAGAGAAUAAUGAUUGGGGUGAUUUUCAAACUCAUCGCCGUUUGCUGGGCCUGGUUACCAUAGGUAAAUUUGACAGCCAGCAGGAGUUAAAUGAACUUUGCCGACAACACGAAUCGCUGAAAGUUCGUUAUGGCAGUACUUUAUAUGAUUCGAGAGCCAUAUUUUUUGGUCCAUCCCCCUUAGAAGACGACAAAGCAGCUUUAGCCACAAUUACAAAUAAUUUAGAUGAUGUAUCAGAUGAUUCUAAGCAAUUGCAUACAAAUCAGAGCAGUGGCCCAAAACGUUUACAAGAUGAAUUUACGACACCGUCCAACUUUAAGGCUCAAGCAUUCUUCUAUAGGGAAAAUGAAAUGUGUGCCGAUUUAGAAGGUCAUAUGACUGAUUUUGUCAACGCUUUAUUUUGGGUAUUGGAAUCGAGACGUUUGGAGCGUUCUAGGGAAAAAGUCGAGAAAUGUUCACUUUUAACAGCCCCCUUUGAAAAACGAGAUUUUGUUGGUUUAGAUAUGGAAUCGAGGAAUAAUCGUAAGCGUGUUGUAGGCAGAGUAACAAAAAAUCUGGCAGAUCUUUCUUUACAAGCUGGUUUGCUAGAAGAUGCCUUAAGUUUAUACCACAGUGCCUGUGACACUUUAAGGUCAAUUAACGAUCUCUUGUGGGAAGGUGCUGCCGAAGAAGGUCUUUGUUCGGCGUCGGUGUGUUUACUUUAUCCUCAACUGAGAGCCGAUGAGAUUUUACAUCGGAAUGCCUCCCUACAAGAGGGUUCUCCUCUGAAGGGUACUCCCGAAAAGUGGCGACAAAGUGAAAUAACCAAGCGUUAUAAUGCCAGCGAAAAGUCUAUACAAGAAAAUCCCGAAAGCGGAUCUGCAUCACCUACUCACCCACAGCAACCAUCACAUUCGGCCUCAAAUUCAUCGGUUUCAUCCAUACUAACUACAUCGACAUUAUCCCAAGCUUCUACCAACUCAACAUCAUCUUCGUCUUCCACCUCCACAAUAUCAGCAGCCAAUCACCGUCCCGGUCAACAUUCGGAUUUGCCUGGCAAUAUCUUGAAGCCCGAUGAAAUUCUGAUUUAUUUCAAAAAUGCCAUAAUAAAUUAUAGCAAAUAUCGUAAUGCUGCUAUAGUAGAGAUAGAGGCAGCCUUUAAAGCAGCCCGCAUAUUUAUAGAACAGAAUCGUCCCUUGGAUGUGGCCAUGUGUUUGCAAAAUAUUUUAUAUAUUAAUCACUCAAUGAUCGAAGCAGAUCGUAUUAAAAGUUUUGAGGUGAUGACUUCACUCUACCAACAAAUCGGAUAUAGACGAAAAGCGGCCUUCUUUCAACGCCUAGCAGCUUUGAAACACGUUCACCAGAAUUCUUCGAAUCCUGAUUGGUCGCAGACGUAUCGCCUCAUGUUGUCUAGUUUUCCCGGCUACAUGCUGUCCCUAGAUCCUUUGGAGGUGCUCGAAACCAAUUCGGGUUGGCCCUGUUUACAAAUUGAUUUAUUACAGUCUCUUAUCACAGCAGCUAAACGUUUGGGUCAUUCGACUUUAGCCACUAGACAUAUGACAUUUCUAUUGCAAACACAAUGGCAUAAUAUGACAGCCACGGAACAAAGUGAAAUGGCUGUACAACUACAGAAUUUAAGUGCCCAGUGUGAGGGCUCUCCUGUUCCUUUAGUGUUGGAAAAUGGUACUAUUAUACCCCCAGCAAAUCUAACGGACCUACCAUUCUGUUUGGAUAUUGUGGUCAAGGAUUUACCAGCUCAUUUAAAACCUCAGCGCAUAAAAAUUGUCAAAGCUGACAGUGGUCCAUUUUUGUUUACUCCACUGCAAUUCAAUUCUAUUGAUAGAAGAGAUAAAAAUAAAGAUAAACACAAAAUUUCAUUUUUUUGGGUACAAAACAAUAUAAGCGAAGUAACAGUGCGACUGCGAAAUCCAUUACCCUUCGAAUUGACCGUGUGCGAUAUGCGUCUGCUAACCAAUGGUAUUGUUUUUAAAUCUCUACCACAGACUAUAGUAUUACAACCACAAGUGCCAACAUAUGUAACCUUACAUGGAACUCCAAUAGAGGUGGGACAAUUAGAGAUUCAAGGUUAUAGUACUCACACUUUGGGUGUAAAAUCCAAUUGUCGCAUGAAACACAUGAAGGAGAGACAAUUUCCUCAGAAUUUCUUGGUCGAUGUAAUACCAGCACUGCCAACUGUUACAGUUAAAACAUCUUUACCCCAAACAGCCACUUUUAGUAGUAUGACGGGGGCGGAGAGUGUGAUAACAACAGCCAGCUUGACACUUUACAAUGGGGAAUCCUCUACGUGCAUUAUAACAAUAACAAAUGAUAGUGAAAUACCGGUGGAACAUUUGGAAGUAAAUAUAACAUCGAAUAUUGAACAGGACAUACAAAAGAAAAUAUUUCAAAUUAAUGAAGAUUUGCAGUCUAAAUUACCAAUUGCUCCAAAAUGCAGUAAAGAUUUUGCGGUGGAGAUUUUUGCUGAGGCGGAUUUUAUAUGUCCCAUAGUUAAUCAACAUGCAGUCUCUUCAAUACAUUCCACAAGUACACAUCCCUACGAUCAUUCACAACAUACCCUGCAAUAUUCCUCAAAUUUAUCAGCCUCCAGUCAUGCAAGUUUGCCAUCACGUGUUGGUUCCCCAAGUCAGCAUUCAUCAUCUGCGCGUCGCAAUGAUACAGCAUACAGCAGUUUUCGUUCUUCAACAUCCACUUCAACUGCUCAGUAUUCGUUGGCCGCUUUGAGUUUAACAACGGCUGACGCAAAUUCAUUGAGCAAUCAGGCUCAACAUGUAGAAGCUCAAUUUCGUAUAAAAUAUUCUGGCGGUGAAGCAAUGCAAGAAGGAUAUUGCCGCCAGUGUUCCGUGUAUUUUAAACUUGAACUCAUACAAAGUGCUCAAAUAACAAGUUGGGAUGUUUUGCCGGCUGAAGUGCCCUCACAAUUUUAUUUGGUGUUGGAUAUCACAAAUUUAACUGCUCAAGAGAUGACGCUCAAUUAUACAAAUAAUAAAAACAUUUCAAUGGAGGCUAAAGACAGUUGUCGAGUUCCCAUACCGGUAGAUCGGUGUUCUGUUGAACAAGUCUGGGCUGCUAGAGAAGCAGAAAUGGCUGAAAAUAUGGAAAAAGAACUCUGUUUUCGUACGGACAUGGGCUCCUUUAAUGAUUCUGUAAGCCGUUUGUGUUCAAAACAUAUUGCGGAAAGAGUUAACAUUAAUUGGUCAUUAACUGGCACUGACAUACAGGGCAUAGCUUCUUUGAAGGGCAUUGUUCUGACACCAACUAUGAUUGAUUUGUGCACGGUAUCGCCUUUACAAUGGAAUAUCUUAUUUAAAAGUCAACCUGUACAACCUCAAUCUGAAGUAAUUUGUACAGCAGGCCAAAGUUCCAUACUCAGCAUCACAGUUUGCAAUCAAUCGGUUCAACCUUUAAAUAACUUAAUACUCACCAUAAAAUUUUACCAGGACUAUUUAAAUGGCACAGAAAACUAUAAUUUAGAAACAAGAGUAGCUAUUUCUGGCCCAAAUAGAGUUCGUAUACCAAUUUUACGAAAAGAUGAAAAAGCCAAUCAUGAAUGCACUGUGUUAUUUUUUACACCUGGACGUUUUAAGACUAGCAUACAAUGCCAUGCUAAACCACAAAAUUUAGGUACGGCGGCUACACACAACUCUUUUCUCUCCCGGUCGUGUCCUGUGCCACAGCCAACUGAGAAUAGCCUUCAUAUUACUCUAAACGAUAUAACAGUUGGUGCUCAAAGUUAUCACGAACAGCAAGAACAUGUAUGGAAAUUUAUACCACCCAUCGAGGUGACCGUUGUUGAACAACAAUAAAGUGGUAGUGUGAAUAAUAAUGAAAUUAUUAUGAUCUUAAAAAAAUUUAAAACCUAUUACUUUUAAGUAUGUAAAUAAGUAUGUAUUUCUAUAAUUCAAUUAUUUUUCUAGUUUAAAUAAUUUGAUAGCCUUGUCUCUUGUAUUUCCAAUACGAAUUUUAGGAAUUUAUUCAACUGAAGUUGCCAAUUCUAUAAUUAAUUUAAAAUCUUUCAAAUAAACGAUGAGGGUAUAUUAAGUGAUAUUUUUUUAUUUUAAUAAAAGGAAAAGCGUGAAAGCCCAAAGCAAUUGUUACUAAAAGCAUAAACAAAUAAAUAUAAAGAAACUAUGUAUUGUUGUAUUAAGCAAUUAAAUAUUUAUAUGCUUGUAUAAAUUAUUAUACAAAUAAAAUAUAAUAAUAUACAUAUAACCGUAAA